AUGUCUGCCCCAACGCAGGAUGUCGUAGUGGAGCCCGACGAGUUCGAUGACAACGACUCGUCGCUCGGGGACGUUGGUGCGCCCUCGACCUUCAGCUUGAACAGCUCAAUCUUAGACUAUCGCAAAGAGAACGGUCGCACCUACCAUAAAUACCGUGAUGGGAAGUAUCAUUUUCCCAACGACGAAGAGGAGAACGAGAGACUAGAUCUGCAGCACCACAUCUUCGAUCUUUCCCUUGACGGCAAGCUGGGGUUGUCUCCGCCCAACGCUCCCGAGGCCCGGGUCGGCCGCGUACUGGACCUCGGUACGGGCACGGGGAUCUGGGCCAUGGACUACGGCGACGAGCAUCCUGGCGCCGAGGUCAUUGGCGUCGAUCUCUCACCCAUCCAGCCAGAAUUUGUCCCGCCCAACGUCAAAUUCGAGGUCGACGACAUCGAGGAUAGCUGGACUUACACGCGGCCGUUCGACUACAUACACAGCCGCAUGAUGAACAGCAGCAUCUGCAAAUGGGAGGAGUACCUGCGUCAAUCAUACAAGCACCUCAACCCCGGCGGCUGGCUCGAGCUCCAGGAAUUCAACCUCCCCGUCUCGGACGACGGCACCCUGACCUCGGACCACGCGCUCCACCGGUCGAUGCGGCUGCUCGGCGAGGCGGCGGCCAAGACCGACCGCGCCUUCGUCGACCUCGACGCCCUCAAGCCCAUGAUGGAGGCGGCGGGCUUCGUCGACGCGGCCGAGAUGCGCUUCAAGUGGCCCAGCAACACGUGGCCCCGCGACGGCCGGUACAAGGAGCUCGGGGCGUGGAACCACGAGAACAUCACGAGGGGUCUCCAGGGGUUCCUCAUGGCCGCCUUGACGCGCGGGCUGGGCUGGAACGCCGACGAGGUGAACGUGCUCGCGGCGCAGGCGAGGAAGGACGUCGGGGACCGGAGUAUCCACGCCUACUGGCCCAUGAUCGUCGUCUACGGAAGGAAACCGUUGGCCGCGUAG